UUAGUUCAAAAUUGCACAUAUAAAAGAAUACUAGACAGGUUAGACUUAUCUAUAGAAACUAACGGCGUGCUGCACUGUUGCCAAGGUUUUGUUACAACUAAAAGCCAAAAAUAUUAAUUAAUUUUAAUUCCUGAAAGUUCUAGCUCGAAAUAUUCAUAGCAACAUGGCCCACAUAUUUCCACGGAAGAAUCUAUUCCAACUACCUACUCUAAAUAUGAUAUGAUAAUUUCUGAUACUGUUGGCUCUUUGGAUAAAAAUAUCAGUUUGCUUUACUUGUGGCUAAAAAGUUUUGAUCUUUUAAUUGUGUCGGUUUGAAAACAAAUUGCAACACUGUAAACCUCUUGGAUAUAAAUUUAUAAUUAUGAUAUAAUACCAAUCAACGCCUUUUGACCGUACGAAACAGAAAACAAGCAAAAUAACUGAAAAAACACGAUAUAUAACUAUAUAAAUAAGCUUAGAUAGAUAUAAUACUUUCUCUUUCUCAAAAGAAAUGAAAUUUCAUGGGUAAAAGGUGUGAGAGCGAUAGUAAAAGUUGCGUCAAGGUAAAAUCGUUUUGUUGCAAAUGAGAUUGUUUUGUUUCAACAACUGGUAGCUUACAAAUUAGCCUUCCAAGGUGAACAUAACUACAUAAACCUCAAUGCCAAACUUUAUCUGUUGUGCAUUAUCCACUGCUAAAGAAUUCAAUCUUAUCCCCUUUUUCUGACGAUUAGUUUCUCUUAAAUUCUUUAAAUGUCAACAGUCGAAGUCAUUUUAUUGUUUUUUUGCAUUGCCAUUAAAGCUAAUUAAUAUAAACCUGAAAUUGUUUAUAGCGUCGUUUGUGUUUAAUUAGUUAAAUGAGGCGGUAACUUAAUGCAAAAAUAAGAUUAAAUAUUAAUUGGAAGGUUAGACAUGAAUGCUGUCCCCGUAAAACCCUCAGACAGACACUUCAAGCUCGGUGGACAUCACCUCAAAACAAGGUUAAAACUGAAAGUUAAAAAGUCAGCUGAAACGAUUCAUCUUAAAGUACCCACUAUGAAAAUGGAAGAAAUCUCGGCCGCCAAUCAUGUCCUGACAACAGAGAGCAUGCUAUCGAACCAAACUCGCUCACCGAAGUGUGCUAGAUGCCGGAAUCACGGCGUUAUAUCUAUUCUCAAGGGACACAAGAGAUUUUGUAAAUGGAAAGACUGUUCGUGUCCCGAUUGCAACCUCAUUGCAGAACGACAACGGGUUAUGGCCGCACAAGUUGCUUUGCGACGACAACAACAACAGGAGAAUGACUUGAAGAAGAGCUUUGAUCUAUCGUUCUUAAACAACAAACCAUCAGCUUCGACCCAGUUUGAGGAAAACGGCGAAAAAAAUGGAAGUGAGGGAAGAGAUACAGCCACUCCUGAUGUCCAAGAAGAAGACAGCCAACGUGAGAGUCCAACAUCACAGCGCUCGGCUCGAAUAAAGAGAGAAAGGUCCCUAGACACAAACACCAAGGAAUUCAGCAGCUUUAAGAAACUGAAAUCCGAUGAUCUCAUAAUUGAAGACUAUUCCAGGUAUAUGGAUAUCCUCACCAGGCUCUUUCCCAGUCAAAAGCGAGACGUUCUGGAGGAAGUGCUCAGAGGGUGCGGGGGUGAUUUCGCACACGCUAUCGAGUGCAUUCUGGCCCAACACGGAGAGAAUAUAACCAAAGGACAAACAAUUUAUAGACCAUCAUUUCACCCCAUCCCUUCACCGAUAUCCUUCAUUGGCCGUAAUAUACCACCUUUCCAACCUCCACCAUUCCCAGCUAUCCCCCUGCGUCCCGUGUGUACCAAUCCAAGCUGCAAUUGCUACAAUUACGAUAAAAUAAACACGACAAGUGUCAAGACGUUUCCAUCUUUAAAUCUUAGUUUUGGACAUACGACAAGAAAUGGGGCGACUUAUUUCCGAUACCCACACCCGGCAUUCCUUCCCCGGCCAGAGAAACGUGAGAAUGAACCCGCGAGGAUUUUCUCGCAGGAGCUCGCGCGGGAACGUCGCGAAGAAGCGAAUACAAAGAAUCAAUUCUCAUAGAUUUAUCACUGCUAAAUGAUGAAUUUUCUUGGUGCCUAGUGCCUACCAUUUCCAAUAUGAAAAUAUAGUAAUAUACUUGUUAUAUAUGUAUGCAAUUUGAUUCCGAGCAUCGCGCUGGCGUGAUUAUUCAUCCAAAUAUAUAUUAUUCAAUUAGUAUUUAAUGAUUGUAAAUAAUUAGAGUAAUUAACUGUAUUUAUUAACCGUAAUUAGGAAGUAAUUGAGAGAGGUUAGCAAAUGAGAUGUUGGUUUAAUUCUCAGAUACUAGGGCCAUUUCAGACAACGAACUUUUCGUGUCCCGAACUAAUGCUAGUUUUAAUAAAUUGAUUCAUAAAAAAGUCUAUUUGCAUUGGAUUCGACACAUGAAAUGUUCGACCUGUGAAACAUUACCUUGUCAAAAGAAUAAGAACUAUUUGAUUUUGGCUAGAUUUAGAAAUUUAGCGUAACGGGAUUUUAGGUUAGUUUAAUAUUUUUGUACUAAAAAACAAGAGAUAACGAUGCUCUUCAGUUGAGAUGCAUGUAGAACGAUUGUUUCAUCUUCGAAACAGCCAUCAUGUUAAGAACAUUACAGUGUGACAACAGACUAUUGUUUAAU